GCACUCACUUUCUCCCCCACCUCCGUUCCUCCUUUUCCUCCAUUUCCUGUGUUUCUUUUUUUUCCCCCAACCACCCACAAAAGGAGAGAGAGAGAGAGAUUCAAUACUUCUCUCCCUUUCAUUCCUCCCACUCAUCCACCACGCCAUCUCCAGUCUCCCGAUCCUUCACUGCUCCUCCAUCUGCUAAAAAGGACGGGUUUUUACCUCAGGCAUCAAUGGAAAACCACCCAAAAACCCAAGACAAGGCGAGCGCCCCUCUCCAAGCCUCCUCCCUUAACACCACCAGCAAUAGCAACAGCAAUUACAGUAAUGGAGCAACCACAUCGUCGCCACCAUCAGCUCCACCACCGCUGACUCCAAAAUCCAUUCCGAAAGCCCCCGAAGUUAAUCCCUACCCGACCACCUUCGUCCAGGCCGACACCUCCUCCUUCAAGCAAGUCGUCCAGAUGCUCACCGGCUCCACCGAGACCGCCGCCGCCGCCGCCGCCACCGCCUCCUCCUCCGCUGCCGCCUCCAAAGGCCCGAUCGCUCCCGCCGCCAAGCCUCCCGGCCCAAAGAAGCCGGCUUUCAAGCUCUACGAGCGUCGCAACAGCCUAAAGAACCUCAAGAUCACCAGUCCUCUCAUUCCCGCCUACUUUGCUUCCUAUUCCAACCCAGAUUCGCCCGUCGGCGCCACCGCCUUCUCUCCUCGGAUGCAGCCGGAGAUCCUGUCGCCGAGCAUGCUGGAUUUUCCCUCCCUGGCGCUCAGUCCGGUGACGCCGCUCAUACCCGAUCCCUUCAACCGCCCGCCACACCCGUGCUCGGAGGCCGCCAAGCUGGCGGAGGACCGGGCGAUCGCCGAGAAGGGUUUCUAUCUGCACCCAUCGCCGAGGACCACGCCGAGGGAUGCCGAGCCUCCACGGCUCCUGCCGCUGUUCCCGGAGACCUCUCCCAGCGUCUCUUCUUCUCCUUCUCCCGUCACCACUUCUUCUCCCUCUCCUUGAGAUUUUAACUUUGGGGACCUGUAUCUUUAUUUCUCCUUUACUCCUUUGAUUUGUUAGAGGGAGAUGGGCUUAUCCAAUAUUUGCUUGCUUGCUCGAUAGCACAGUUCUCUGCUUCAAUUGUACAAUUUGACCUCCUCUUCUCGUAUUAUUAUGCUUGUGAUGCAAACCGACCACCAUGAGAUGAAUGAUCCCUGGAAGCUGGUUUCCUUUCUUUUUUUCCCCCUUUUUUCCUCCCCCCGCUCUUCAUUACUAGCUUUCGUUUUCCUUCUUUUACUUUGUCAAUCCUUUUGGUGUUGACCAUGGAGCAGGGACUGAGAAUCUAACUCAUAUUAAAUGAGAGUGAAGAAAUGGAAGCUAACACAAUAUCUUUAUCAGUCCCUUCUCCAAUUGACAUUUCUAUGUGAGAGUGUGGAAUAAGGAUGCUGAGCUUGAUGGAGGCGAAGGUGGGCCAGAGUUGUUAAAAAGGAUGUCAAAUUGAAGAAGUAGAAGGCCCAUUUCCCAUUCUCGAUUUAGGAUAAUGGACCGGAGCUACGUUUUAGGACCUGAUCACAUGGGCUGAGGUAUCUCAACUUCAAAGGUUUCGUGGGCUUUUUGGAUCCCAAUGCACAAUUAUACACAACUGGACAGGCGAGAAAAAGUAAAAGGGCCGACCAGUGGGAGCUAUGUCGUCUAAAUUUGUAUAGGGGUUGUAUCUUUUGGCAGGUAAAUAGGAUUCACCUUUCUUCGAGCGUAUAUCCUCUAUUGGUCGCUUUGAGAUUUAUGCAGAUAGAUGAAUGAUAGAGUUUGGAGUGUUUCGAGCAGUGUGUGAUCCACUGGUGGAUUUGUGUGACGGAGGGUGAAUCCUUCUUUCGAGCAAAAGCUACAACCCUUAUCCAGUGGCAUCGUGCUCCAGACCAGUCAAUGCCUGUGGUAGCAAUGGAUUGAGGCAGGAGAGAGUGACCAACCUCUCAGUUAGUCAUGGACCGAAUUCCGCAUUGAAAGUAUGGUCUCGAAUGAUGGUGAUGGUUAUUAUAAGAGUUACAACCACUUUUCAUUAUAUCGUGGAGGUAAGCAAUAUGAAAAAAUAGAGCUGUUAUUAUUUUU